CCAGGUUUUAAAAAGUAAGGAUCGCAUGCGCAGGGACAUUUGAGUUCAGCGUCCGUUCGUUCACCGGGAUACGGCUAGAGCCAGCGACAUUGGUGGAAUAGUGACCGACCAGAUCACACCAACUCUUCCUAGUCUCUUUAUAAUCGCGUUUCGAAAGAGAAAACUGUUAAGUAUCAGCUACAAUGGAUAUGCCAUUAAAUUUGCUCGUGUAUCUUAUCAUCCCGACUCUUGUGUCGCUGUCAUGGCUACGGUACCGGGGCAUGGAAUACAUUCUCAUUCAUUAUCGGUGGAUUUUCGUGUGCUUAUUCCUCCUGCCAUUGUCGGUGAUAUAUGAUGCUUUUAUGUACAUAAGAGUAAAACUGGUGUUCGCCCUCAGUUCAGCACCCAAACAGCACGAUAAACGCGUGAAACGUGUUCAGGAACAGGUUAGUUGGAAAGUUUCUUGAAUCUUAGUUCAUGGUUUGGCCGGUCUAUUCAAUCUAUUCUAUGACUACUCUGUACUGCCGUCACUUUACAAAUCUGUUAUAUAAUAGCCCAAUGAAUAUUGUGAUUGUGACGUCCUUGUCAUUGUAAUUGUAACAUGCCGGUAGUAGGGCGGUAGUCCAUAUUUUUAGCUGGCUAGGCCUUACUAACUUAUUUGAAAUACUAUUGGCAAUUGGUAUUGGGUCUCUGGUUGGAGGCCCCAAUUACCCUAACACAAAACCUGCAGUCUCAAGGCCGAGGCUUAAUAAUUCAAUCAAUUGCAUUCAUUGAAAAAUUAGCCUAUAAUAUAUAAUUAUUAUAUUUAUAAUAGUUGUUUAUAUUGACAAUAGCCAUGUUUAGUUUAUAUUAACAAUGUUUAUAUAAACAACCAGGGAACUCAUUUCAGCUUCAGUUUUUUCUUUUUUGUAGGACCGGGAGAGGUGGGGGAGGGGGGGGGAGCUUGUUGAGUUGUUAAUUACUGGAGGCUUUCUAUUACAAUUUUUUUUACAUAUUUAACAUUUAAGUUUAAAUAAGUACUGCCAGAUUUGUUUUAAGUUUAUAACAAUGUUUAUAUAAACAACCAGGGAACUCAUUUCAGCUUCAGUUUUUUCUCUUUUGUAGGACCGGGAGAGGUGGGGGAGGGGGGGGGGAGCUUGUUGAGUUGUUAAUUACUGGAGGCUUUCUAUUACAAUUUUUUUUACAUAUUUAACAUUUAAGUUUAAAUAAGUACUGCCAGAUUUGUUUUAAGUUUUAUGUUUUCUAUUGUUAGUUUUAAAUGAAGUGAUAUUUCUUCUUUUUUUUCCCUUUAUUAAUUAUCUAUUUUCUGCUACUGUUUGAUUUAAAUUUAUAGGCCUUAAAAAUUAAGUACAUUAGAUUUUUGCUGAAGUGCGAAGACCCAAAAAAUCAGGUUUAAUUGCUUAUUUAUUAUUAUUAGCAUUUUUUUUAUUGUCGGGAUACAGAAAAUAUGUUUUGAAAUCUAGAGGAGGACCGACGAAGAUGCUGCAAAAAAUAAAAUGUUAAGGCUAAGAACCCCUGUACUUAACAGUAAUUAUAUGAGUACAUUUUGAUAUAUGCAUGACUAAUGAUUAAAUGACUACUAAUGUAGCAUGACAGUAAUCAUGUUGUAAUUUGUAGUUAUUAGAAUUAGGUAUAGGCCUAAUUGUACUAUCAUAAGAAAUAUAAAAAUUAUGCCCUUGCCUUGGCAUACUUAACCAAUUUUAGCUAUUACUAUUAAUCAUGAAUAAUAUAUUAUAAUCAUACGAAUAAUUACCGAUCUAAUCAUGUAGUUGGAAUCAUAGGCCCAUAAAAGCUAGUUCUGACUUUUGAUUAGAUCAGUAGAUCAUUUUAGUGUAUUUUAAAGUCUAAAUGAUUAAUUGAUAGAAAGUGUCACUUUACAACUUAAUUCCAAUUUAGUCAAAUUUUAAACAGUUGGUCCUUCAGGUUCUGUGGAAAAAAUAAAAUAAUUAUCUUGUCAGUUAUGCAGGCCAAUUUAUUUCUGGCUCAUUUUAAUAAUUGAUCUGUGUGCCAGAAAAAUUAAGGAGAUCAUUGGGAAUGGUGUCUAUUCUAAUUCUAGGCCUAGUCCAAUGUUUCAUUUUCAGCCAUUUUUGACCUAUGCCCUACUUAAUGUAAACACCUGAAAAAGACUUGGCAUAGUUUCAGAAAUACAAUGAAGCCAAAUAUUUAUGUCUUGGCACCAAGUUUUUUUCUUCUCUUUUUGCUUAUUUGAGCAUUCUGGUUUUUUUUCUUCAAAUUUUUAAAAUAGAUAUAUCAAAAAUGAUUUGCUAUCAUCAAUGAAUCAAUGAUUAUCAAUUGUUUGUAGCAGUUACAGAGUUUCUCUUUUAAAAAUCCCUCUAAGAAUAUCAAAAAAAAUGUUCACGAUACUUUUUGAAAAUAAUUAUCCAUUGACAGCCAUAUCUCCUCUGCAUUUUCAUCCCACCAAAUUGCUUGAAAGGGUGCUCAGAUUUGGCAUUGCUUAUGAUUCUGCAAAAUACAUUUAAUAACUAAGCUGAAAAUUAAGCUUUAAGCUGUUCAAUAGCACACUUAGUAUUAGUAAAAUUUCAUGAUGGACAGCCUUAAUAAAUUUUAACCAACAGUAAGUCAACGCAAAGGUGACUGCUCAUCCCGUGGGGCUGGUAUGAAACUGAACUUAAGUAUUUGUUGGAAUGAUCAUUGCCAAACUUUUUAUUUCUUCCACUUCUCUAUUAUAUAAUAGAACCUUGUGACUGCUUUCUGGUUUAAAAAAAAAAAAGAAAAGCACUACAUUUUGAUUCACUUAAGUUUUUAUCAUUUUGAUCCAAAUGUUUAUGUUACAAAACAAUGCUUUAUUUUGCAAUGAGUAUGUAGCAGGUUUUAAAGAUGAUUUCAGGACAAAACACUAUAGUGGGAAAUAUCAUACCCAAAGUUAUCAAAUGACCUGUUCCACUUGCUGUCCAUAGAUUGGGAUUAGUCAUUCGGGCAUCACCAUGGAAAAAACGCUGGUCCACUAGAUCCUAUUUAGUAUGGAUUUGUAGUUAGCCAAUGAAAACAUAAUUAAUGUCAAAUUCUUGUAAUUUAUUUACCAUUGAGACUCCUUACUUUUGGAACUGUGACUUUUUACCUACUUACAGUUCGAAGGCGUUUGCCAACAUGUGCUUUAAUGCUUUAUUUUGUGGGCUGACUUUAUGUCAGACAACAUAGUAUCAGGUAUAUUUUACUUCCUCUAAUGAAGGCAUACUUUACUGGAUUUAGUUAGUCUAUUGCUUAUCCACUUUUAAAUGCAAAUGCUGUAUUCAAAAUUUAAAUGGCAGCUUUUGAAAAGAAAAAAAAAUCAUUUAAGUAUCUAAAAUAAUUCAUAAGACUAUGCCCAUUUGUCAUUACACAUUAAAAUAAUUCAUAUCACUAUACAUAUUUGUCAUAACACAUUUUCGCUAUAUAAUAUGUAUGGUUAUUAUUUCUAGUCGAGUUGAUCUGGUUUGUUUUACUUUAAUUUUUUCCAGUCUUAAAAGUAAAAGUAUGAUCAGCUCAGUUGUUGAUCUGAAUAAAAGAAUGUGUGAAUGUAAAACUUCAUUUGAGCAGUUUAAACUUUUAAUUUACCUGUUCACUCCAAAAAAUAUUUCAUUGCCUAUAUGUUCAUAAUCAAUAUUAUGCAAUUUAUCUUAAAUCUAGAAACAUCUUCAGACCAUAAGCAUUUGGGGUGUAGAUAUCAAUUAGGAGUAUAUUUUCAUGUUUUUAAGGUCCUUUGCGCCAUUCUUAUUAUAGUACUUAAGUACUACAAAAGUCAUUAAAAUUUUACGUUUACUUAACCGACUUUAUUCUCAUUCUCCAAAAAAGAUUAGAAAAUGGAAUGAUGGUGGGAGGAAAAAUCGCAUGUGUACAGCACGUCCAGGAUGGGCAACGAUGAGCUUCAGAAGGGGUUUAUACAAGGACAGUUUGCAUAAUAUAGAAAUAAAUUUAAUAGACAUUCUUGAAGUGGAUACCACAAAAAAGGUAAAUGAUAGAUUAGAAUUUGUUUGAUCAUUAUUAGCUAAAAAAUUGAAUGGUUUGAUAGAGACAUCUCCUGACUUAACUGCAGGUCAAGUUUGUGUAUUCUCUGUUUGUGCAAUAAGUGACAAAGGGCAUGAAUCGAACAAUUUCAGAAAACUGUUUCAAACUCUGUCGUCAUAUUUCUUAUAUUUGGUGGUUUAAAAGGCCAAAUAAGCAAUGUGACCUAGUACUAUGUAGAGAUGUAUGUCAUCACCUCAGGUCUGGAAAGAUAAUUAUACCCAGAAAUAAAAAAAUUUUUUAAAAAGAUACUCUUGUUUGGGAGCCACAAUUUUUACCCUGCCCAAAUGUUCACAGGUUUGGUAUGCUCCAGACUAGCUUCUCUCCAAAGUUUCUCCUGUCUCGAACAUUAAGUAAAGUCAUUUUCUCUCAAUGGCCUGGCCAAAUAUUAAUUCCUUGUCCUGACUUUAAAAUGGUCAUUUCCCUAAGUGAUAUCAUAGUAUGCUACGCCCCUCCUUUUUGAUUGGAGAAACAUUAAAAUUAAUCUAAUUUGACAACUAGUAGCUAAACAAAGAGAUAUGCCCUGUUGCAUUAUAUAUUUGUCACCACCACUAGGCUCUAGUAUAGUGUUAAAAUAAAUUAAACCUUAUGUGUUAAUGUAUCUUUGGUACACAUUUUCUCUUUUCAUUAAAAUGAAUAUUUUACAUAUGUCAUAUAAUCAUAAACCAUCUGAAGCUUUGUGUUUAUUUAUUAAAAUGCCCCCCCACCCCCCCCCCCCCCAUCAUGUUUUUACCUGCGGAAUCCUUUUCCAUUUCAAGAUUGUAAGAGUGGAACCUUUGGUGACCAUGGGUCAAGUUACAGCCUGUUUAAACCCUUUAGGUUGGACCCUGCCUGUCCUCCCAGAAUUGGAUGACCUAACUGUUGGUGAGUUCACUAUUGUAUAACACACCACUAGAAAUGAUCCCCGGUCAUAGAUAGAAAUGAAUUUUUUUAAUCAAUCACUGUUCUGCUUGAAUGUAUACAAUUUCUGAGUUUAUAUGUAUAAAUUCCACUUAUUUUGUCAAAGAUCUGGACACCAAGGUAGACAACAGUUGCAGUUCUUUAAAAACCUAUACAAGUAUAAAAGCAAACUUAAGAUAUCAAAACUGUGACCUACUCAUCUUCAAAUCAAAUACCUGACAGAAUACUAAGAGUUCACUUAGUAAUGUGGGUUUGAACUCUUAAUUUGAAGCUUAACUUCAAUUAUGUAUUUGUUCCAUUCCUUAUAAGCUGCUUUGAAUGUAUGGUGUAAAUGUGUGCAUGUUCAUUGUAGUGUUUUCCAGUAUUUCCCCCUUCUCAUCACCAUGGGAUGUUUUGGUAAUAUAACAAGUAACACUUUGCAGAAGUAAAUUCAUGUUUUGCCUAGUGCAAGCUGUUGCUAAGUUCAUUACAUCUCAAAAUAGUGAAAUUGGCAAUUAAUUUGUGUUCCAUAGUCACUGAUAGUCACUCUGACAUUUGUUUCUUACCUACCUUUAAUUUAAGUUUAAUUAUAGUGUAAUUGUGUGUCAGUCUCAGUUUUAAAUAGUAUGUGAGUUUGUUGCCAAGUGACAAGAUGGGGUUAUUGCUACCAGUGGCUUUAAUUAUAAGGGCAAUGGGGACCUAAAGGGUACUUUUGUGUGUGCUGUAUGACCCCCGACUUUAAUUGUCCCCAUGAUUCAUCAGACCAUGUUUUCUAUUUUUAAUUAAAACUAAAGGUGGACUGAUUAUGGGAGUAGGCAUCGAGACGUCCUCCCACCUGUAUGGAUUAUUUCAACACUGUUGUGUGAGCUAUGAACUGGUCACAGCUGAUGGUAGCUUGAUCAAGUGCUCAAAGGUAUUUUUUUUUACACUUUGUAAUUAACUUAGUAAUGUAGCUAGUUUUUUUUUUUUUUUUUAUAUCCGGUUUGUGUUUCUGGGAACAUGAACAUUUCAUCUUUGUUUUGGUGUGCAUGCAUGAGAACAGGAAAUACUUGUUUUUUGACAAUGGUUACUAAAUAAUUUUGUUCAUCCACAGUUGUUUCUAUUUAAUACUUGAUUCUAUAACACUUUUCAUAUUUUUAAAAUAUUAAAGUAAGAUUGAAAUGACUUAUUUAAAAUGACACUUUUAUUGUUAUAAAUGAUAUGUUGUCUUAUUGGGGGGGGGAAGUGGGGAUGUAGAGGCCCUAGUAUAGUUACUUUUCUUUAUUCUCAUGUGCUACAUUUACCUUGCAUGUGCUACAUUUACCUUGCCGUUUGAAUGGAAUUUGAAGGAUUUUUUGUUUCCUUUAUCUAUCUGAACACUUAAGAAUAUUGUUUUGUCUUUUCACCUAAAUUAGAGUGCUACCUGAUCAGGUAAUAUUUUAACAAUCAUGUUAUUUUUCAUUUCCAGUACACAUUUUUUUAAAGACCUCAGAUAUCUCCAAUGCUUUUUUUUUUUUUACAUCUUUUUUACUACAAACAACUGUUAAAUUAUGCAAUCAAAGUUUAUGCCUUAAUGUGAUUUGCGUUUCUUUAGUGAUCAAGCUAAUUUUAUUUUAUGAAUUAGUAAAUUGCUCUGGCACUUCAAAAAGAGGUGUGGUCAGAUUACCCCACCCCCCCACCCCCACCCCCAGCUCUUCAAAGUUAGUUUGUAACACUUCAGAAAAGUACUUGAAGCCUAUUAUAAAGCAUUUAGUGCUAUAUUAACUGACUAGACCUUGCUUAUCAUAUGUAAAUAUUGUAUGCAUUAGAUGACACGAACAUUAACUCUUAGAUACAUACAUGUCUUUAAUCAGACCCUGUCAACACAUAGGCAAUAGUAUACAUUUUUCUCCAUUUAGUUUAUCCUGCACUUAAUGUUUAGGUUAAAAUUGUUAGUAUUUUCCAAAAUAAUCUUUUUUUUUUUAAAUUGUUCCUAUUUAUGAAUUUAAUUAAUUUUUUUUUUUCAAACUAUCAUUUGAUAGACUUGUGUGUACUUCACAUUAUUUACUGUCUUUAAGGUAGGGUAGUUCUUUGUUCUGGCCUCAGGCUUUAUUACAUGGGAGUGGUUCUUCUUUUUUUUUUAAUUUCUCUAUCAAAAUUCUGUGUAAAUUAUGUCUUACUAGCUACCUGUCAUUGUCAGGGAACAAAUACAAGUAUGUUGAAAAAAUAACACCCAUGUUAUUUGUCAUUUAUAUCCUUAUUCCCAUAGUUAUCCUACCAAGUAAUAUAGGUCCAGAAACCAGUCUACAGUUCCUAUUUCAUAUAUAAUUUAAUGGGUCAUACAGAUAACAUCAGUCUGACCAUGUUUUGUAUACUUGCUGAUAAACAAAUGUGUUAUUUAACUGGGAAUCACUGAAGUGGUACAUACUUCAAAAUGUGAUUUAAUGAGAUUUUACAUUUUUUGUUAAAAAGAUAAGCCAAAAUGCUCUUAGAAAUUGCACGUCUUGAAUGGCUGCAUUGGUUGGUUUCUACAUAUCUCUCAAGCUGCACGUCUUGAAUGGCUGCAUUGGUUGGUUUCUACAUAUCUCUCAAGCUGUGGUGUAUUAGCAUUUUUAUGGGAUCGACAUUUAUGAUGUUGAUACGAAAUCAAUAAUGGGGUUUUAAAACAGGCUUGAAAUGUGAUUUGAGGUUUGGGUUUCAUGAAAAUACACAUCUUGGUUGUUUUUUUUGUUUUUUUUUUUUGUUUUUUUGUUUUUUUUUUUGUUUUUUUUUUGAAAUUACAUUGAAUUUUUAAAUUUUAAAGAACAAAGGAACUUGCUUCUGCCUUGCUUGGGAAGUACUGUUGAUCUGCUGACGUCCACCUAAUUCCUACUUAAGUUCCGGGUGGCUGUGUUAUAAAUCCCGACCCCUGCUGUUGUUAGUAUGGAUUGUGCUCUAAACAUCUGCUACCUGUAAUCUCCAUUGUAGUCAAUUUCUCUUGGUGAAGCAGUUUUAAGUUCUGCUUGAAAUAGUGAAGGAGCUGGAGGAAAGUUUUAUUAUAUUUAGAAUUAUUUUACAAUCCUACCCCCUCCCCAAUCAAAUUGUCUGACAUAGUUGAUAGUUGGGGUGCAACAACUUGAUUUUGUAGCUAAUGUUUUGUCAAAGGGUUUAAUAGUGAGUUGGUUCUUGCUUUUUUUUUUUUUUUUUUUUUUUUUUUUUUUUUUUUUUUUUUCUUUUUUUAUUUUUUUUUUUUUUUUUUUUUUUUUCUUUUUUUUGUUUUAGAUUUUGUAGCUAAUGUUUUGUCAAAGGGUUUAAUAGUGAGUUGGUUCUUGCUUUUUUUUUUUUUUUUUUUUUUUUUUUUUUUUUUUUUUUUUCCUCUUUUUUUAAUAAAUUUUUUUUUUUUUUUUUUUUUUUUUUUUUUUUUUUUUUUUUUUUUUUUUUUUUUUUUUUUUUUUUUUUUUUUUUUUUUUUUUUUUUUUUUUUUUUCCUCCUCCAAUUUUAAAAAUACAUUUCUUGCACUUUUCUUAGCUGUCACUAGUUAUGAGAGACGGAAGUUGCCUAUAUACAAUCAUUUAUUUUAUUUAAUUUUUCCAAUGUAACAAUCAUUUUAGAUUGGUGUAAAGGUUAGUUUCUUAUAUCUUUGGUGGUUCCUGACUGAAAUGGCCUGUUUAUCUGUAAAUAUUUUUGUUGUUUUUAUUGUGCAAUCCUGUUUUGAAUGAAUUGGGUAUCUGGGCUGUUAUUGUUAUUGAGCAAUCAUGAAUUAAAUACCCAGGCUUCCGUUGCCCUUGGUUCUGGGUGACUGACUUCAACGGAUAUAAUAAAGUUAUGGCACUGCUUUUAUUUACUGAUGCAUGUCAACAACAGCCUUUCAAGUGUGUGUAUUCUAAGGAAUAAAGUACGCUUUGGCAUCACGCUCACUGGGGCGUUUCAAGUUUAAUGAGGCAAUGUUCAUGGAUGAGGUGUCACAAAAUCACAAAGCGGAAAUACCCAUGAAACAUCAACAACAGUACACACAUUAACAUAAAGAGUCAAACAACAUUGACAGUACAUACGUUAACAUAGAAAAUGAAAAAAAUACACACAAAUUAACAUUGAAAAUGAAAACAACUGUACACACAAACUAACAUUGAAAAUGAAAACAACUGUACACACAAACUAACAUUGAAAAUGAAAACAACUGUACACACAAACCAACAUUGAAAAUAAAAAUAACAGUACACACAAACUAACAUAGAAAAUGAAAACAACAGUACAGAAAUCAUAGAUCCCUCACAUCAUUGGAACAACCGCUCCUAGUCACAGCCUGCGAAAUAGUAUGGGCAAAGGUAAAAUUAAAAUACCUGAAACCCAAUAAAGCGCCCGGACCUGACUAUCCCGAACAUUGUCCUGAAGACCCUGGCUGACAACAUUGCCCCAACCAUGACCCACAUUUUCCAAAAGUCACUUGACUCUGGCAAACUCCCUCUAGACUGGCUUGAUGCAAACAUCACUAGUGCCUACAAGAAAGGUGACUGUCAUAACCUAGUAAACUACCGCCCAAUACCCCUGACCUCCGUUCCAUGCAAAAUCCUGGAACACAUCAUCUAUCGCCACAUCAUGAACCACCUUGAACACUACAACAUUUUGACCAACCUAAAUCACGGUUACCGUUCUGGAUUCUCAACGGAAACUCAAUUACCAUCACCACCAAUGACCUCCUAGCUUCCUAUGACAAAGGUACCCAGGUCGACAUGGCAAUUCUUGACUUCUCCAAGGCUUUCGACACUGUUCCGCACAGCCUUUUUCUACACAAGCUCCACCACUAUGGCAUUACAUGCAAUCUUCACUCAUGGCUCUCAACAUUCCUAACACAACAUACCAUGCAAGUAGUGGUGGACGGCGUCCAAUCAAGGAAAGCCACCGUAGACUUAGGAGUUCCACAAGGCACAGUGCUGGGCCCCCUUCUCUUUCUCUGUCACAUAAAACAACCUACCGGAUACAGUAAAUUCUCAAGUGCGGCUGUUCACUGAUGACUGUCUUAUCUACAGAGAAAUAAGCAGCUACGAUGACCACAACCACCUCCAAACAGAUUUGAAGUGCCUUAUGAAUUGGGCGGACAAAUGGGGCAUGAAAUUUAAUGAAACCAAAUGCUACACUAUGACAAUCUCCACAAAAAAAACAUCAGCUCAUAUUUACUCACUAAACGAGACAAUCCUCCAACAAGUAUCCAAUAGUCCAUACCUUGGAAUUCUCCUCUCAAAUAACCUAAAAUGGUCACCCCAUAUAAACAAAAUUUAAAAAAAUGCCAACUCCACCCUAGGUUUCAUCUGAAGAAAUCUGUGCCGCUGCCCAACUUCCUGCAAACGAAAUGCCUAUCUCACACUCGUCCGUCCACUACGGGAAUAUGGUGCGAUCAUCUUGGACCCGCACCUUAAGCAAGAGGUGGACAAGAUGGAGCGAAUUCAACAUAAAGCUGUGCAUUUUAUCGCCAGAGACUACAAAACAACUCCUGGCUUCGUCACUGGCCUCUUGAAAAGAUUUGACAUUCCUUCCCGCCCCCCAACCACUUACAGACAGACGAGAGGGACUCCGCCUGAUAUUCUUAUAUAAAGUGAUCAUGGGACUGGUUCUCGCCAUCCCAGAAGGCACAUACCUCACCCCACAGAAGCCGGGUAGACUGAUCAGAGCAAAACGCUCACUGAACACUGACUUCACCACUGACAUUCUCAUAAACAAUUACACCAGAAACAAUAGCAAAUGCUUCAAAGUGCCUUAGUGCAACACAGUGCAGUAUCAACAAUCUUUCUUCCCAUGCACAAUAAUAGCAUGGAACCACCUGAAUGAUGCCACUGUGAAGUCGACAUCAGUUGAAAGCUUCAAGGCUGCCCUGGCGUCAGUUAGGAGCUGUUAGAAUAGCAACAUCAUAUCCCCAAACCGUUGUAAAGAUGCCAGUACAUGGAUGCAGCAACGAAACAUUACCAGAACCAGAAAUUAACAUAGAAAAAGAAACAACAGUACACAUAUUAACAUAGAAAAUGAAAACGGCAAUACACACAUUGACAUUGAAAAUGAAACAACAGUACACAAAUUAACAUAAUGAAACUUGAGAAUGAUAUAAGAAAUAAAAUCAUCCAUGUAAGUAAUGACAUCCAUUAAUCAAUGUCUAACUCACAAGCAGUGUCACAUUGCUUUCUCCUUUUAAGUCCAAGUACCAACGUAUAUUUCUAUUAUAUCAACUAGUGGCUUACAAAGGCUGAUCUGUGGUGUGUUCAAUAAUUAAUAGUGACCAUUUGUAUUUUCCCUUGAAGGACUUGAAUCCUGAUCUGUUUUAUGCCGCCCCCUGGUCCCACGGGACGCUGGGUUUCCUUGUGUCGGCUGAGAUAAUGAUUGUGCCGGCCAAGAAGUAUGUCAAGAUGGAGUACCACCCGGUGCACAGCCAGAAGGAUUUGGUCAAGCUCUUCAUGGACAAGAAAACCUACACGGACAACCAGUUCGUUGAGGCCCUUGUCUAUUCUGGUGCAGAGUCUGUCUUCAUGGCUGGUAACAUGACCGAUGAUGCUGAGCCUGAUAAGGUAACCUUCUAAUCUAUCAUCUUCAGAAAGUAACAUAUGACCAGAGUUAGUUUGCAAUUGCCUUUAUUGAUAUCUAUUGCUACAUUAACAUUGUUGUUAGAACAUCUACUCCAAUUUUAUUUAUUGGGGAGGGGGGGAGAGCACUUGUUAAUUUUUAUAAUGGAACUUUUAAAAUUAUAUCUAAUCUAUCCUCUGCAGAAAGUAACAUAUGACCAGAGUUAGUUUGCAAUUGCCUUUAUUGAUAUCUAUUGCUACAUUAACAUUGUUGUUAGAACAUCUACUCCAAUUUUAUUUAUUGGGGGGGGGGGAGAGCACUUGUUAAUUUUUAUAAUGGAACUUUUAAAAUUAUUUAGUACCACUACCACAUCCAUCUUUAUCAUAUAUGGUUUGGCCUGCACAACUCAAAAUGUAAGGCGAGCCGUUAUACUAAAUGAAAAACUUGUGCGAGCCAAGAGAAAAUAGGAUAGAGGGAAAGCUAGUAAGAAAAUAAUAAGAAUAAAGAAUAUUUCGUUCCUUAGAAGGCCGCAAGGUAGGUGCUGGCGGGCCAUAUGUUGUGCAGGCCUGGUUUAGAUGGAAAGAGCACGCAUUUCUCAAGGCUAACUUGAUUGGAUUAUAUGUUAAAGAUCUUAUUUCAUGUUUUUCCAGAUAAACUCUAUUGGUAACUUUUGGAAACCUUGGUUCUACAAGCAUGUUGAGAGUUUCCUGCAUUCUGGCCCUGCUGUUGAGUAUAUCCCAUUGAGACAUUAUUAUCACAGACACACAAGGAGUAUAUUUUGGAUGUUGGAGGUGACUCAAUAAUAAAUUUAAGCUGCAAUCAAAAGUUUUUAUUGAUCUGUAAACUUCCAAUGGUGUAAUAUGCUUCCAUCUCCAAUUAUAGUCUCAGAAACUGAAAUUAUAAAUGAAUAAAUAAGGCAUCUAUAAAAAAAAAAAAAUGUGUACAUGAUCAUCAUAAUUGAGCUAAAACUCAAUGCUUUGUGAAGCCUUUUUUAACACCCCUACUCUUAAAUUUUCGGAGUUUUGAUUAUAUGUCAUCUUGUCAAUUAGUAUUUAUUGUGCCAACACCACUGUGAUUUUUUUUUUUUUUUUUUUUUUUUUUUUUUUUUUUUUUUUUAUUUUUUUUUUUUUUAUUCCAUCUCCAAUUAUAGUCUCAGAAACUGAAAUUAUAAAUGAAUAAAUAAGGCAUCUAUAAAAAAAAAAAAAAUGUGUACAUGAUCAUCAUAAUUGAGCUAAAACUCAAUGCUUUGUGAAGCCUUUUUUAACACCCCUACUCUUAAAUUUUCGGAGUUUUGUUUAUAUGUAAUCUUGUCAAUUAUUAUUUAUUGUGCCAACACCAUUUUUAUUUUUUUUUUUUUUUUUUUUUUUUUUUUUUUUUUUGAGUAACAUGUUGCUCUCGUUUCCUCAGGACAUCAUCCCAUUUGGCAACAAUCCCAUCUUCCGAGCUCUCUUUGGUUGGAUGGUGCCUCCUAAAGUGUCCCUGCUUAAGUUGACCCAGGGGGAGACCAUCAAGAACAUGUAUGAGAAAUAUCAGGUCAUUCAAGACAUGUUGGUCCCAAUGAAAGAUCUGGGCAAGAGCUUAGAUGUGUUUGACACAGAGCUCAAUGUAAGCAUUCUUUCUUGUUAUUACAGUAUAAUUUAUUAAAUUAUGCUCAAGUCUUGAAAGUAAACCGGAGGCAUCAUUAAAUUAGAAAGAAUUAUUUUUUUAGAAUUGAUUUUAUUAUUUAAAUGAGUUUGAGCCAGGGACUUGAUAAUUAAAAAGAAUGUCAAACAGCAAUCUUUACCAAAUUUUUUAUCUUUUUUUACUGUUAAAUUUCACCUGAAAGUAUUAUCUGUCAUCUUUCCUCAGCUUUAUCCAUUAUGGAUCUGUCCUUUCAAGCUGUUCAACCAACCAGGGUUGGUCCAUCCUAGGGGAAGUGAAGAUGAAAUGUAUGUUGAUAUUGGAGCCUAUGGCACACCCAAAAACCCUGGAUUCUCCACCAUACCAUCCACACGCAGACUGGAAGAUUUUGUUGCUAAAACUAAUGGGUGAGAAUGAAUUAUACCAUAGGGGGUAUAAACUAUGACAUUUCUAAAUUACUGUUCACAUUAUUUAGGCAGGGCAUUAAAAUUGAAAGAUUUUCUACAUUAAUCAAGAUUAUUGACACAUUAAAAAUGAUAUAAAAAUUAUUACUUUGGCAUGCUUUUCUAAGAUAGAUAACCAUUAACGGAAUAAAAGAAAUAUAUUAAGCACCGUCACUGCAGAACUAAUUAAAAUUUUUAAUUGGAGACUUCAACUUUCUAGAUUUUAAAAUUCUUUUUAAGUUGUAAUUAUUAACAGAUCUAGAUAAUUUUCGGUUAGAAAAUAAUGUAUUAAUUCAAUGUCCAACAAAGUAUAAUUCUUGUUAUAACAGAAUAUUGAAAAUCUGAAUAUACUUUAACAUUCUUGGCUAAAAUUUUGAAAUUUCUGCGUUAAAUUACAGGAUUUAUUUUCUUUUAUGUAAGAUAAUGGCAUCAGUAAUGCUGUUCUUCCUUCAUGUGCAUAGAUGACCAAGGCUAUAAUCAAUGUUGCAAUAGAAUUUACAGAUUGUCCUUUCUGUAUGACAAUUCUGUGCUACAUUUUGUGACCAUCCUUUCAGUUUGACAUUUCAGCACUGUCUUUUCAGUUUUCUAUAAAUAUUUGAGCCCAAUUAUCUAAGAUUUUAAUGAACUAUGUGUAUCAUGGCUGCCUUUCACCAACUCCCUGCUCUACCCCCACUCCCCAACACAUCCCCUGUUGGUGUACUUAAUUCUUGAGUCCCUUGAGAGUCCAUUUCAACCAAAUUCUGAUGUAUAUUUUUAAUGCAAAAUAUUUUCAGUUUUCAAAUGCUGUAUGCAGACUCGUAUCUCAGCCGCGAACAGUUUCGUGAGAUGUUUGACCAUAGUCUGUAUGACAAGAUGAGGAAGCAGCUGGAUUGUGAGAGAGCUUUCCCUGAAAUUUAUGACAAGGUCAAUCGCAAAGCCAGGACUUAAAAUCAAAGCUAAUUCAGACAUCUAGUUUCCUGAAAUAUUUUUGACUUUUAUCGUAGCUGAAUGUAGGUUUGGAUGGUAGUUUAUUAUUUUUUAUUUUGUAGGUGAAUUACCUCGCUCAGAUUUAAACAUUUGCAGGAUAAUUUUUUUCUUUGUUUUCUAUUACAGUCCCAACCAUGAUUUUGCUUGUUCAUUUAUAAUUUCAGCUCUCCAUACUUACAGGGAACUAAGAAUAUAAAAUUAUAAUUCCUUAUUAGAUUUUUUACAUGAACUUAAAGUAUAAAAAUAUUCACUGCAGUAGAAACUGUCUUGAAAGUCAUUUGAGGAAUAUCAGCGAGAAAAGUGGUUAUCUUCACAAUAAAAAUCUUUUAAUUUAGUUGGUUUCCCACCAAAGAUCAUUUAGACCAAACGGUUUGAUAUCUGAUCAAAAAUAAUGUUCUUUUCUUAUGAUGUUGAUGUAACAUAUUCUGAAGCCCUCGUAUUCCGAAGCCCUCAUUUGUUCUCAGCAUAAGACCUACUUAUCUUAACUUUCAAAUGGUGCUGUUACAUUUAAGAGAAAUCCUGCAGAGGUUUCCAUGCUAUACAAAAUGUUCAAGGAUAUUUGACACUUGUUUGCUUUUUGUGUUCGUUUUUUUUAAAUAAGAACAUUUACUUUAAACAGUACUUACAUAUCAAAAAAGUUUCAUUGGCGUGGGAAGCUCCAUCUUUAAGGCUAUCUUGAUGCACCUUAUAUACUCGUGUAUUAGUCGAGGAAUUUUAGCCGUAACCUUCAUUUUAAAAUGCAACGUUGACUUGUUUAAGUGCUAGUUAAAAUUGAAUUUUGUGAAAUGAAGGCAGGGCAAUGUUGGGUUACUGGUAUUGCUAUUCUACUUAACGGAAGCUAAUGCUGCUAGGUAAAAUCUGUCACAGAAUUUCAUAGCUUCAAGUUUUAGCUGCGAUUUAUCCAUGAGUCGUCGUAUAUUUUAUAAUUGUUGUGAAAAAAAAACUGCCCUCGACUUAUAGACGAGAAUAUACAGUAAUAAGCGUAAGAUAUAAAGUUUUCAUUGUCAGUUCAGUUUUUAAAAAAAAAUAAUUAAUUUAUGGUCCCCUAUCCUUAAGAUUAUUUAUCUUGAACUUAAGGGUGUAUAUUUUCGGAUGUGGCUACAACUGAAUAUUAUAUGUAAUUUUAAUUGACAGAGGACAAAGUGGAAUGAAGAUUAUAAUGUUUUAAAUGUAUUGUAAUACUAGAAGCAUUUAGUUGUAAUUUUGUUCAACCGCUUAUUAAUAUAACUUUCCCCUUCUGGUGUGCUUUUAACAAUUAGUUUAGAUUGUUAUGUGACCAUUUUAAGAUCUUAUUUUUAUACUUUGUUUUAUUUAUUUCAUUGAAAAGUUGUUAUAGUCCUCUAGUACUUGCAUUGUUAGAAUAACAUAAAAACUGGUAAUUGUUUCUUUAUAUAAGAACCUGGAUAAAAAUGGCACCAAUGUUAUCAAAUCAACCUGUACUGAACUACCUUGAUGACAGAGAAUCAAAAUGUACUGCCAUAUCAAAGAAAAUAAAAUGUAUAUCUCCACAAUGACAUAAUAUUUUAGUUUAAAACUGGGUAUAUUAUUUUUAUAUACUUACACACUGUGGUAUUCUGUUUUGUGACAUCCUUAAGUUUUAGGAGAUGUAUCUUGUGUGUUGGUCUCUUUGAUUAUAACAUCAGAUGUUGAUCAUCCGUAGGAUUUGAUUGACUAUGCAAUUUUCUGGUUGCGUUGGAGAAGACAGGGAUAGUAUUUAUUGUUAGUGGGAUAACAUUCAGAGUUUUCAAAUUUCUUCUCAUUCAUUGAAGUUAGUUAGGAGUAAAAUUACUCAAUAUUUAAUUAAAUUGUUGAUGUUGGCGUAAAACAAUAUCAGAUUGUCAGAAAAACACAUGUCAGCUGUGUUACCCUUACUAUUGUUGGUUUGGCAAGUUUUCUGAUUUGCUGGUUUUAAUUUUUGGCUAAAGUAAAACUGCAUUUUUACCUUCUUUUCAAGAGGAUCAUUCAGUUAGUUGUGAAAAAUUGUGCAAUGAAUCUAGCUGUCAGUUGAUUGAUGUCAUAACUAUGCUACUAUUGAGAAAAACAUAUUUCUUAUAAGAUGUUACAAGCCAAUUUCUCAGGCUGCAUCAUAAAAUGUUUUGUGUUUACAGUAACACAUCUAUUUUGAAAUAGUGCUGCUUUACUUUAAAAAAAUUAAAUGUUGGUUAUCAAAUUUCAUUAGCU